ACACACUCCUAUGCACUUCCCUGGGGAAGCCGGCCCGUUCAAGAUUGACACUUUUUGUUCUUCCGCUUUUUAAAACCCUAACUUCGCGUAUAAAAGUUAAUACAAAGGACACAAUAUGGACCGUGAACUUGUCGAAAAGUUCGUCGAAGUGACCGGAGAAAGCGAGGUUGUCGCCGCACAAUAUUUGGCAUUGGCCGAUGGAAACGUAGAAACUGCAAUAAGUUUGAUGUUUGAGGGAGGAGGAGAAGAAAAUACAGUAGCAAAUUCUGAGCCUCCGGUGAGAGCUCCUAUAUCACCAACUCAAGAAGUUCUUGUACCUACAGACACUGUGUGUGGUUUCCCAAGAUCAUCAAAUAAUGUCUUUGAUAGAUUUCGAGACUUUGCAGUUGAAACGCAGCGACAAGAAGAAGAAAUGACCCAUAGAGUAACCGGAGCCAAGAAAUUCUUUCAACGUAAGUCAAAGAGACUGGAAGAUUUGUUUCGACCACCCUGUGAUAUUCUUUUCUUAGGAAAUUUUAUGGCAGCUCGUGAGCAUGCCAAACAGGUGAACCGUUGGUUACUCGUAAAUGUCCAGAAUCCUCAAGAAUUUGCUUGUCAAAUUUUAAAUCGAGAUCUCUGGCCUAAUCCACAAAUCAGAGAGAUUGUAAAAGAUCAUUUUGUCCUGUGGCAGGUGCUGUCAAACACUGCCGAUGGCAAACGAUAUAUCGACUUUUAUAAUGUCAAUGAAUAUCCAUACUUGGCAGUUGUAGACCCUAGAACCGGUGAAUGCAUGACUACCUAUAAUCACAUCACCGUUGACAGUCUAGCAGCUGGAUUAAAUGAUAUGUUAAGUACUCACGCUUCCCCUGAAAGUGCUCCACAGGAAUCUUCAAGUUCUAAAGAAUGGACAAGCUCUUUCUCUGCAAAACGUCAAUCUCCAGACUCUGUGGUUAGUGAUAGCAGCUCCUGUUUUAAGAAAUCCAAAAACUCCGAAGACUCAGGCAAUUCUGAAAAUAUUCUUGGGGCAUGCAGCACCAGUACCUCCAACUUGCCAUGCAGCAGUAGCAGUAGUAGCAACAUCAAUAUUAUUAGCAAAAGGUCAAGGAUAGAUGAACUAGACUCCAAAAGUCGACGACUGGAUUGCAACUUUGUAAAUGAAACGAGUAAAUCAAAUCAAAAUGAGGUGAGCCAGUCGUCAACCUGUGAAAAAACUAUGGAACUGACAGGAAACGACGAGCCUCUGUUACGCCUUUGUUUGAGACUGCCCCAUGGUGGAAAGGAGACAGUUUCAAUGUCCGCUAAUGAUACAAUGGAGACUUUCCUAAGAAGGAUGGAAGAAAUGGGUUAUCCCCCAUCAGAGCACACGUACUUAAUACCUUUCCCAAAAACGGAUGUCGGGGCGUUGCCUCCCACGUUACGUCUGCUAGAUACAAUUCUAUAUCCAUCUAAUACUGUAUUCAUAACGAAAAUUUAGUGCACACAGGGUGAUCGAAUACAAAAAUUUUAGGUCAACACUUGUAUCUGCACAUCGUAAGAUUUGAUGUGAUAGGGAGUAAAGUUUCAAUGAAAAUGACAUCUAAGUGAUGUAUUAACUCUUUACAGUGGUUAAUCUAAAACUUAUCCUAAUUUACUACUAUCAUUUUACAUAGGUUGCACUUUCAGUUUCUUCACAUAAGGAGUAUUGAGGUAUAAUAAGUAAUCUUUAAUCUUUACAUCACACAAGAUACGUGCAUAAGAAAUCUCAUCUUUCAGUUAAAACUUCUCUGUAAGUAGGAAUGCCUACGAAUAACUGAAAAUUUAUCUCCUAUUCUUUCAGGAAGUAUUGUAGAAUGUAAUUAACCACUAAGAAGAUAACGUGAAGCGAUUAAUCUUUUCCUUUAAUGAAUGACAAAUAUAUACUUUGCGGUUGUGGGCAUUAAUUAGCACCACUGAUAUAUUUAAUAUUCCUGAAUUUAGGGUCAUUUUUUUUAGAUGUAUAUGUUUUUCCUGUGACAGAUCUGUAUUUAUGCCCUAUUUAAAAUUUUUAAUGCCUAUCAUACAUAUAUAUCCUUUUAUCGAAAUGUUUUAAAUUAUUUUAGUAUACGAAAAGAAACGUAUUCAUAAUUUUAAAGUGAUCUUUAAAAUACUUGAGGUUUUUGUCUUUAGAUGUAUUAAAGAAUGAGAAAAGCAGUGCACGUGUAAUUUGUGCUGUAAUUAGGCUUGUAACAUUUAAAUCUAACAUGUGUAAUUUAUGUAUGAACUGUUCAAUGAGCAAUUCUGGUGUCUCGAUAUUUAUUGAAGAUAUUAAUAGAUAUAGGAUUCCCUCGUGGUCAAAAUUUCAAUAGAAAUUAAUGAGCAUGCAUGAAAUGGAAAAACGUUAUAACUUGUCACAGUUUUUUGUAUCACCCUUUUCGACUGUGGUUAGUAGUUAUUGAAUUAAAGUACAAAAUAUGAAAAUUGCUGACAUUCAGGUUACAGCAAUUUAUAAUACAUUAUUUGCCUUCCAAUUAUAUUAGUCACCUAUAACGUAAUGUAAUGUUUUGUUAUACAAGGAAGCUGCCAAUAUGAUUAAAUAUCAAUAAACA